UUCAUUCCUUUUCUUUCUCCAUCAAAAAUUAUGAUGUCACUAUGCACCAAUAGUAUCCUCCCAAUCAUCCCCAACUUACCUGUUACGCAUUUCAACACCAAAACCCCAAUUCUUACACCAUUUUCCCCUCAAAAUCCCCACUCAUUUAAUCAAAGUUUGAAUCUUUUUAAUCAAAGAUUAAAGAUUAAACAAACCCCAUUAACAAUAAUCACAUCAUCAAUGGCUUCCACAGCUCAAAGUGAAGAAAAACCAUUUUCUGUGUUAUUUGUGUGUUUAGGAAAUAUUUGUAGAAGCCCUGCUGCAGAAGGGGUUUUUACUAAUUUGGUUCAAAAAAGAAAUCUUUCUUCCAAAUUUGUUAUUGAUUCUGCUGGUACCAUCAAUUAUCAUGAGGGGGGUCCAGCAGAUUCUCGGAUGAGAGCUGCCUCUAAAAGAAGAGGAAUUGAAAUCACAUCGAUUUCAAGGCCGAUAAGGCCAUCGGAUUUUAAAGAAUUCGAUCUUAUCCUUGCCAUGGACCGGCAAAACAAAGAGGAUAUACUUGCGGCUUUGGAGAGAUGGAGUUUUACUGAGACAUUACCUGCUGAUGCACAUAAGAAGGUUCAGUUAAUGUGCUCAUACUGCAAAAAGCAUGAUGAAACUGAAGUGCCCGAUCCUUACUAUGGUGGUGCGCAAGGUUUUGAGAAGGUGUUGGAUUUGCUUGAGGAUGCAUGUGAAUCGCUCUUGGAAAGCAUAGUGGAUAAAAGCAGUUCCUAGACCGUUCCAAGUCCAUUCUUCAUUCUUCAGGGCCUUUCUCUGUUUUUCAUUACCUCACAUGUAAUCAUGCCUCCAUAUCUGUUAAAAUUGUAAGACUAGUACCCUAGGAAUAAAAUCUCUUAUAAUGGAACUCUGUUAAGAUGUAAAGACAAGUAGCUUCAUUUUACCCACUAUAAACCACCAGCAGACAAUUUAAUUUUCAAGGUUAA